CACCCCCACCCCCUCCCCCCCUCCAUGGAAUCAGAUAACAGCACAAGCUUCACCUACCUCGGCCGCAACUUCAGCAACCUAAGCCUCAACGACCACUCCUCCGCCUUCAGCGACUGCAACAGCGACAGAUCCGGCGAGUUCCCCUCCGCCUCCUCCGAGAGCCGCCGCCUCCUCCUCUCCUGCGCCUCCGACAACUCCGACGACCUCAUCCGCCACCUCGUCGCCCACCUCGACUCCUCCCGCUCCGUCGACGAGCAGAAGCAAGCCGCCAUGGAGAUCCGCCUCCUGUCCAAGAACAAACCGGAGAAUCGGAUCAAAAUCGCCAAAGCGGGAGCGGUUAAGCCGCUAAUCUCGCUGAUCUCCUCCUCCGAUCCGCAGCUCCAGGAGUACGGAGUCACCGCCGUGCUUAACCUCUCCCUCUGCGACGAGAAUAAAGACUUGAUCGCUUCCUCGGGAGCGAUCAAGCCGUUAGUUAGGGCGUUGAAGAUGGGGACGCCGACCGCGAAGGAGAACGCCGCCUGCGCUUUGCUGAGGCUCUCGCAGGUUGAGGAUAAUAAAGUCGCGAUCGGGAGAUCAGGAGCGGUUCCGUUACUCGUGAAUUUACUCGAAACGGGAGGAUUCAGAGCGAAGAAAGACGCGUCGACCGCUCUUUACUCGCUCUGUUCGGCUAAGGAGAAUAAACUCAGAGCAGUUGAAGCGGGGAUCAUGAAGCCCCUUGUGGAGCUGAUGGCGGAUUUCGGAUCCAAUAUGGUUGAUAAAUCGGCGUUUGUGAUGAGUCUGCUUAUGUCUGUUCCGGAGUCGAAGCCUGCGCUUGUGGAGGAAGGUGGGGUGCCUGUGCUGGUGGAGAUUGUGGAGGCGGGGACGCAGAGGCAGAAGGAGAUUGCUGUGUCGAUACUGUUGCAGCUUUGUGAGGAGAGUGUGGUGUAUAGGACUAUGGUGGCUAGGGAAGGAGCGAUUCCUCCGCUGGUGGCGCUUACUCAGGCGGGGACGAGUCGGGCGAAGCAGAAGGCGGAGGGGUUGAUUGAGUUGUUGAGGCAGCCAAGAUGUGUUAGUAAUGGUGGGAGAUAGAUGAUUGAAUGAACCUUCUUCUUUUACUUUUGUUUACAUCUUUUACUCUUUUUUUCUUACACUGUUAAUGGUAUAGAUACACAGAUGAGAAGGGAAAGAAAGUGUAAAUAGUUUGUUGUGCACUAAAAGUGUAGGAAGUUAGUUUGCUUUGCCUCUAUAAUGUGUAUCUUCUUGCGUUGUGAUCCAGUUGAUAAAUUUCAGUUUGGUUUUAACCGUUCC